ACUACUAAGUGACAUACGUCAAGAAGAUGAAGGCGUAACUAUUUUUAUUAUUACGUCAAAUUCUAAUCCAGUUGUCAAAUAAAAAUAAAGUUUUACUUCAGAAAAUAAUCAUCUUUUAAAUAUGGGUCUUUUUGGAAAAACACCGGAGAGGAAUCCAAAAGAUAUGGUGACAGAAUGGAACCACAAACUCAGAAAAGAGGGAUACCAGUUAGAAAGACAAAUUAGAUCGAUCCAGAGAGAGGAGGAAAAAGUCAAGCGUUCACUCAAAGAAGCUGCACAGAAAAAUGAUCGAGAUACCUGCCUCAUCUUGGCAAAAGAAAUCCUGCGAGCCCGCAAAGCUAUCAAUAAAAUUUAUACUUCUAAGGCGCAUAUGAACUCGGUUAUGCUACAGAUGAAAAACCAGUUAGCAACAUUGAGAGUUGCCGGAUCUCUACAAAAGUCAACUGAAGUCAUGACGGCGAUGCAAAGACUCAUCAGAGUUCCUGAGGUGGCCCAAACAAUGCAGGAGAUGUCAAAAGAAAUGAUGAAAGCAGGUAUUAUUGAAGAAAUGCUGGACGAAACUAUGGAUGAGAUGGAAGAUAGCGAGGAAAUGGAAGAAGCUGCACAGUCCGAAAUUGACAAGGUGCUAUUUGAAAUAACUGAAGGAAAGAUUGGAGAAGCGCCCUUACCUCCUACAGAACCUGCAGACAGAGAAAAGUCCAAACCUGCUGUGGGAGAAGCAGAGGGAGAGGAUGAAAAUGAAUUAGAGGAGAUGCAGAGUAGGUUGGCCGCCCUCAAGUCGUAGAGAAAGCUUGAUUUUUUUUCACUGCUAGCUCUGCCUUGAACCAUAAUGAGUAUUCCCAUUUUUGCUGUGAAGUAAAAGUAACUUUGGAACACGUUUUUUGGAAUAUAUUUUUACUCAAAUUAUUUUUGUUGAGUAGUUUGUUACUAAUUUAUAAUACAAAAUAUCACCUUACUGAACAAUUGCAAAUAUCGUAACUGCAGGCAGAUAUAACUGAUACUAUGACAAGAAACGUUCAAUUAUAUAGCGGCUUCAUUUCAUCAUUUUAAACAUUAAUUUGGAGAGCAAUUUUUUAUUCAGAUAUAUAUUGUGAGACAGCUGUUUCAAAUUUUGAAGAAACGUUAGGUAAUAUAUUUUUAAUAAGAAUGUUAUAUUUAUUUUCGAUUGUAUUUAUUAAUAAAAUAUUCAAAAUGAAGUUUCAUUUGUUGUUAGUUUAUAUAAAAAAGUAGAGCAAAGAACAGCAAUGUCCAGCAUAGCAUGCAUUUCAUAAAAUCGCUAUAUAGCAUAGAAUUUUAAUGACACAUAAUUUUAAUGACUUUCUAUAGUGAUCAGUAACCUGUGUGAAAAAAAAAUCACUUUUUACAAUGAAAAUUUUAUAUACCUAUUUAUUAUUCAAAUUCCUUUAUUCAGCAUAAGCUAAUAUACAAUAUGUUUGAUCCUAACUAUCAUCAGGCUGAUGUCAAAAUAUUCAAAAAAUGAAUUACAAAUAUAUACAUAUAUAUGACUGGUUACAAUCACAAAUAAUAAACUUCAACUCACAAAUGAAAUAUUUGUGACAAUCUCGAGAUGAUUUUUAAUUGAAUAAAAAUCACAAACAUGAUAAAAGAAGAAAUUUUCAUUAUCCUGUUCAUACAAAAAAUUAUAAAGCAGCUAAGUCGAGUCAGGGGUGUUAUAUCAGAUGUACCAUAUAUUUUUUUUCACUAAUCUAAUUUUGUUAUUCAUCCACCUAAGCUGUUUUUUGCAUAUUAUUUUUCUUUUGGUAGUGUGCAAAUCACUAUUUUUGUAAAAAUCGUGUAAAAUGUGAAGUUGUACUUAGUUUCAUAGAAUUGUAUAAAACAUGGCUGUUUUAAUGCUUUAAUAUAUUUACUUACAAAAGGUAUUGUAUUUCAAGCUUUCAAUAAAAAUUAUUCAAAGAAA